AUGGCAAGGGCAGUACACCCGGGGCGACAAGGGCCAACAAUCAUGCUUGAAGCGGUUGCUUCAUAUGAUUUGUGGAUCUGGCAUGCCUACUUUGGCCCUGCUGGUUCGAACAACGACAUCAACGUCCUCAACGAGUUAGAUUUGUUCGAUGAUUUGCUACAAGACAGGGCUCCUAAAGUAGAGUUUUCGGUCAAUGGGGAGCAGUUUACAAAGGGAUAUUGCCUAGCAGAUGGUAUUUAUCCAGAAUGGGCGACUCUUAUUAAGUCAUUCAAGUGCCCGAUGGACUCGAAAACCACCAAGUUCAAAAGAUACCAAGAAGCUGCAAGAAAAGAUGUCGAGCAAGCAUUUGGGGUUCUUCAAGGUCGUUGGCAAAUUAUUGAACAAUACGCGCGGCCAUAUAGUACCAACAAGAUAAAACGGAUCAUGUUAUGUUGUGUGAUCCUACACAACAUGAUCGUUGAAGAUAACGGGCGUGUAGUUACAGAGUUUGAAGAAGAGUUGAUAGCUAAUACUACACUCCCAACUCGUACGUGGACUGAAAGGUGUUCAACGCAGCUUCGUAUGUACGGGGAGCUUCGCGAUAGAAUUGCUCACCAUCAACUCCGCAAUGCUCUGAUCGAACAUGUUUGGAACCUCCCGGAAGACGGCCGUUAA